AAACUUAUAUUGGAAUAAACAAACUAUAGGAAUAUAUAAACCAUCCAUUGGAUAUAUAUUAUAUAUUGGAACAUCUCUAACCCUAUACUCAAGUUUAAAUGGAGAUUGUUGAGUGUAUCGAAAAUAUAACUGCAGAUAAACAACAGCACAUGAUGAGGACUGUUCUCGAUAGCACAAACAUUGAAUCAUUUGACCAAAUAAGCGAUGAAACAAAUAAUGGAACAAAGGAGGACAUGCCUGACCAUGUUUGUCAAAUAACUGUUGCAGAGCAACUCCGUAAGAUAGGAGAUGAGAUUGAAAAUAGCAGAAAAAGUAAUAAACACAUUAUCGAAUACCCACAUUACAAAUUGGCAGUCGAAAUAACUUUGGAUUGUCCAGCUUGUGUUGUCAUGCAGAUUUCCCUCAUCGUGGCAGCCAUUAUACACAGAAUGCUAAGAUGACAACUAAGAAUGGCAAAUGUGGUGCACAGCCUUGAUCCCGAAGUUCUGAUUUUGUUGGUGAACUGUCUGCCCUGAAGUAGAAGAUCACAAAUGAUGAUCUUACUGAGUGUGCACAGACAAAGAUGGCAUAACGGGGAACUGAUAAAGACUAUGCUGCCAUCUUUCAAUGGAAUAAAAGGAUUUGCCAUCUUUG